UCUACGAAUGUAAUGCAUUGGUCGCUAGUGAUUGUAAUAAUAAUAAUAAUAGUUUUAUGCCCGUUUACGUAAAACUGAUUUCAAAAUCAUCGUUAUCUUCCUGUUUGCGCGACAACUGGGAAAAUGAGGAACCUGAAACGAACACUAUGUACGUAUACAUGCCUUCACUGACCUCGUCUGGAUCUGGCUCUGCUGGUUCUGGUUCUUCGGGAUCCGGCUGCGGACCAGCUCCGGCUACAGCAGUUUCAGCUGGCUACGGACCGAGUCCGUCUGUACCAGCAUCAGCUCCGAUUAUCUAUAAACUAGUCCAGGCUCCAGCUGUUCAUAGACCUGUCUCAGCUCCGGUUACUUGCGGACAAGCUCAGGCUUCGGUUGCCAACGAAUCAGCUCCGACUCCGACUUCGGUUACUUACGGACAAGGUCAGGCUCCGGCUUCGAUUACCUACGUACUUACCCCAGCUUCGGCUGUCAACGGACAAGGUCAGGCUCCAGAUGCCUGUGAUCCUCCACCUCCUUCUCCAUCAGUGUACACACCCCCUACACCAGCACCAGUUUAUACUCCACAGCCGCCACCACCAACAUGCGUAAUCCAACCUCCAUCACCAUCUCCUUCUCCUCCAUCACCUCCGGCCAAUGCUCCAUCACCACCACCAGCAUACAUUCCACCACCACCACCAGCAUACAUUCCACAACCACCGCCAGCUUACGCUCCAUCACCACCGCCAGCUUACGCUAUACCAUCUCCACUGUCGGUAUACAUCGCACCGCCCACACCUCCAGUUUACACUCCAUCACCAUCGCCGGCGCCAUCACCAGUAUAUACCUAUUCAGCACCAGCAUCAUCAGUUUACACACCUCCAUCCCCACCACCAACUUGCUCUAAGACCGUACAACGACCAUUUAUGUUCAUCACUCCAUUUGCAUCAUCAAAAAAGUAACCUGCCCCGAAACAUUCGAAAAUUAUUGUGCCAGCGACUUGUCAAAUCCACGCAGUCGGCAAGUCGGAAUGCGGAUGUAACAAGUAUUAAGCGCUUUGAAAGAAAACUUGAAUCUUCGUUACAUCCAAUGUUCAUUGUAAAAUAGCAACAUUUGACAUGAAUAAAUCAAAGAGCAUCAUAAAUACCAAAAACCAAAAGGCGAGUGAUACAGAAUUGCAAGAUAAUAUUAUGUUAA